AAUCGACUUUUUCUUGAACACCGCGAAGAAGGAAGUAAAGUAGUAAACCACAUUCAAUCAGUGAGCCAACAUCAUUUCUGGCAAAGAUGAGCGAAGCUCCGUCACUAUAUAAUCUCUGCCUAGACUCAAUCAAAGAUAUCAUCCUGUUCGGUGAUGAUGAUUUAUCCAGUCUGUAUCAGCUUCCAACCGAAAUUAUCGAUUGCUUGAUUCCGCGAUUACCGGCUCUCGCGUUGCAGAAGUUUCAAGAUGCAUUACCACUGAAUUAUGGGAACGAACAUGAAGUUGCCUCUGGAAGCCAGAGAAAGCGUAAAAGAUGCGAGAACUUCGAGACUGCGUGGAUGACAUUAUAUAAGUCACGUUUCUCUGAUUUCCGACGUCUAAAACCUGAGACCUGCCACUACUGCCAUGCAAAAAGAGUUGGGAUUCAUGAUUCCGGAAACAAGUGGCAGGGUCGGUACUGGAACUCACAUAUACAAAAGUGCCUGUCUGUGGCGGCAGAGAAAGCUGUUCUUCCUUAUUUUGAUGGCUGUCUUGGUGAAAUCAAAAUUCCUGAUACCAUUUUGUUAUCUAUGGGUUAUAAGCAGUGUGGAAGUUAUUUAGAAGUUGACUACUCAAAACUGGCUUAUCACUGCCAACAUUUUGGUUUAUAUGCCAGGCGUCUGACACUUCACAACGUGCUUUUACAGACAGAAACUUGUCAUUUGUUGAGAAACAGUAAAUUGGAAGAACUGGUGGUGCAAUGGAUAAAGUCCAAGGAACAGGUUGAAGGAGUAUGCAAACUUUUGAGUCAGAAUGUUGAAACAUUGUCCUCCCUUCACUUUAACCAUUGCAAGCUUUCUGCGGAGUUUGUCAAUGCAAUAUGUGAUUCACUAUUCCUGAAGGAUAUUCCAACGCAUAGAAUUCAACAUUUUACAGUUAAUACGUCAAGACUUCUUGAAUUUAAUUCUAUUUCCAUACCUACUGGAUUGAAGUCUUUAUUAUCAUCAGCAAGGUGUUUGUGUACAGCAGAUUUUCGUGAUAGCGAGUUACGACAGAAUUCUGCUAGAACGGUUUUCAGUGCACUCUUUGAUGCCUCAUCUAAUAUAGCUUUUCUGGACCUUUCAGAAAACAACAUUUCUGGCUGGCUUUCUCAUUUCAAAUGGAAACCUUCAAGUCAAUUACAUUUAAAUCCAGAGAUAUGUGCAUUGAAGUCAUUGCGCGUGCUCAAACUAAGGGGAAGUAAUCUACAGAAAGAUGAUGCAGACUGUCUUAACUAUGCUUUGUUUCAUAUGCCUAACUUGGAAACACUUGAUUUAUGUGACAACCCAAUAGCAGAUGAUGGAAUUAUGACUUUAAUGCCGUACUUUACCAGGAUGGCUGAGAGGGUCACCCCCUUUGUUGAUUUGAAUUUGGAAGAGUGUAAGCUUACAUUUAAUGGAGUUAAAACCUUGUUGCAAGUUCUUUCAUCUUUCAAAAAGCCGCUGAAUUCUCUUCGCAUCGGAGACAAUAAUCUUGGCAGUGAAGUGGGGGUACAAUUAGGUAAAUUUAUAUGCACGGGUAUAAAAGAACUUCAUUUUCAUGAUAUUGGGAUCAACUCAUCUGGUUUUUUGAAAGCACAAGAGCAAAUUACGGAAGGGGUGAAGCUUGUUUUCAUCAAUAUUAGAGGAAAUUCUGGUGGUGUGGGAGCUGCAAAAUUUAUAUCAAAGCUCAUUAUAUCUGCCCCUGAACUAGUCAAAAUUGAUGCAAGUUACAAUGUUUUGCCUGCUGAAGCUGUGUCUAUCAUCAGCUCUUCUCUGGAAACUGCAAAAGGUACGCUUCAGCAUUUAGACCUGACAGGAAAUGCAUUGUGCAGUCAACCAGCUAGCAUAGCAAUGCUCAAGAAUGUAGGGAGUGGACAUAUCGAUAUAGUCUGGCCUAUGCCCAACUCAAGUGCACAGUUUCAAUAUGAUGAUGAUCCUUAAACGUUGCUCUUCACUUGCCUACAGAUGGAGCAUCAUCUGCCAUGGCUUCCCUAUGCAUACAGCUUUCUAUUAAAAGAGUAGGAGUAAUAGUCAUAUGUUACCCUGUAUUUCUGUAUUACAUGUUAGCAUUGUAUAUUAGGUGGAUACUAUGGGCCUUACCAGUUCACCUGGGUUUAAUAUCUUGGGGGAGUUUUGAGGAAAUUGUACUGAACAAGACUACAAGAGUGGCUAAUCAUGUAUUUCUGUAUUUUAUUUUAAUGCUCCCUUGCUGUGUCAA